AUUCGUUGGUGUUUUCAGUUCUUUAGCAGAAGCAGAAGUCGUGGCAAUUAAGUUUUGAAAAGUAAACAGCAACAUGGAUAAUUCUUUAAGUGAUUAUUUUAAAGAUCGUGAAAUUUUUAUAACUGGAGGAUCAGGUUUUCUUGGGAAAGGAUUGAUUGAGAAACUUUUGCGUUCCUUCAAUGUUAAAAAGAUAUUUGUGCUUUUGAGAGAGAAAAAAGGUCUUGAUCCAAAUGAACGUUUAGAAAAACUUAAAUUGGAUAAGAUUUUCGAAGUCCUGCAAAGGGAAAAACCCACAGAAUUCAAUAGCAAAGUCGUUGUCAUACCCGGCGAUGUUUCCCAACUUAAAUUAUCUUUGACAUAUGAAACAAUAGAGCUCUUACAAAAUGUAUCUAUAGUUAUACAUUCAGCAGCUACAAUACGAUUUGAUGAACCUUUGAAAACCGCAAUACUCAUUAAUGUUCGUGGCACACGGGAAGUCCUUCGAAUUGCUGAAAAACUACCUAAAUUAAAAAUAUUCCUACACAUUUCCACACUAUUUAGCAAUUGUAAUUUGAAAUUUAUUGACGAAGAGAUAUAUCCAGCUCCAGCGGAUUGGAAGAAUUGCAUUCAAAUUGCUGAACAAACUAAUGAUGAGGACAUGGCUAUUCUUUCUAAAAAAUUCAUCAAAGGAUUUCCAAAUACCUAUACAUUCACAAAGUCUCUAUCCGAGCAUGUUGUAAAUGAUUUUCAUGAAACCAUUCCUGCAGUUAUUAUUCGACCUUCAAUAGUUUUAUGUGCACUUUUCGAUCCAGUUCCAGGAUAUACUGAUAACGUAUCUGGAUCAACGUCAGUUGCUGUUGCUGGAGGAACAGGUCUUUUAAGGACGUUCCUUUGUGACCCUGAAAUGACUCCAAACCAAAUAUCGUUGGAUGUUGUGAUAAGAAUAGCUAUUCUCUCAGUUUGGAAAGCUGCCAGCGAAGACAAAGAAAGAAUGCCAUUUAUUUGCAAUAUUUCUGGAGAAAUAUUUCCCGACUUCAGUAUUAGAAAGCAGUUGGAGAUUUUGGAAACAAUUUGGAAACACAUACCAUAUGACAAAAUGUUUUGGAAACCUUCGGUGUACCCAACAACUUCACCAAAAAUUUACUUUAUUAGGUUUAUUAUAACUCAACUUAUUCCGGCUGUCAUUAUGGAUUCAGGCUUAUGGUUAAUUGGAAAACAGCCAGUUUUAGUUAAAUACCAAAGAAUUAUUUGUAAUGCUAUGAGAGGAUUUAAUUUCUUCUUAUCAACUCCAAUUGAAGCAGGUUUUUCUAAUUUGACAAAUUUAACAAUUGAAUCUAAGAAAUUUCCUGGAUUUGAAGCAAAAGAUACAUUUACACUUGAUGCCUUGGAAUAUGGCAACAUUGUUGCCAUGAGCUGUCGUAGAUUUAUUUUAAAAGAAAAGGAUUCGGAUCUUCCAAAUGCUAGGAAGCUUUACAAAUGGUUUUGUAUAGGUGAUGUGUUUUUAAAGAUAUUCUUUACAUUUUUAUUUUUUGUUGUCAUUUAUAUGUUAUUUACUUAAGAAUUAAUAAUGUUUUUCAAA